AGCGUACAAAAUAGCAACGGCGGAGAAAUGAUAGCCACAAUCUGGCGCCGAGCCGCGCCGCAUCUCAGCCGUCCAUCGCAUCCACGAGCUGCCCUCGCUAUAUUAACCAGCCACACCCUCACUUUCUCCACCACCACUCAAACGCCAUCUCCCGCCGCGAAAAUGGAUGCGAUCGGCGUUCUGAUGAUGUGCCCCAUGAACACCUACUUGGAGCAGGAGCUCGACAGGCGGUUCAAGCUCUUCCGCUACUGGACGCAGCCGAAGCAGGCCGAAUUCCUCUCCCAGCAGGCGGAAUCGAUCCGCGCGGUGGUCGGGAACGCCACCGCCGGCGCGAGCGCCGAUCUGAUCGACGCGCUGCCGAGAUUGGAGAUCGUGUCGUGCUUCAGCGUGGGAUUGGAUAAGGUCGACCUGGCCAGGUGCGGGGAGAAGGGGGUUAGGGUUACCAACACGCCCGAUGUGCUGACGGAUGACGUGGCGGAUCUGGCGAUCGGGCUGAUGCUGGCGGUGCUCAGGCGGAUCUGCGUUUGCGAUAAGUAUGUGAGGAGCGGCGCGUGGAAAUUGGGAGACUUCAAGCUGACUACCAAGUUCAGUGGCAAAAGAAUUGGCAUCAUAGGACUGGGCAGAAUCGGGCUAGCAAUUGCUCAGCGAGCAGAGGCAUUCGAUUGCCCCAUCAGUUACCACUCAAGAUCCAAGAAAGCAACAAACUACACCUACUAUAGCAGCGUUGUAGAAUUGGCAUCAAACAGUGACAUCCUAGUGAUCGCAUGCGCCCUGACUCCAGAAACAACCCGCAUUGUGAAUCGUGAAGUAAUUGAUGCGCUGGGUCCAAAGGGAGUUCUGAUCAACAUCGGAAGGGGACCCCACGUUGAUGAGGCUGAACUGGUGGCAGCUCUUGUGGAGGGCCGUCUUGGUGGCGCUGGACUUGAUGUCUUUGAAAAGGAACCGGAGGUACCAGAGCAACUCUUUGGGCUCGAAAACGUAGUUCUGUUGCCACAUGUCGGGAGUGGUACUGAGGAAACGCGUAAAGCCAUGGCUGACCUUGUUUUGGGAAAUUUGGAAGCUCACUUUUCCAGCAAGCCUUUGUUAACACCUGUGGUUUGAUAACUCUUAAGACAAUUGAAAACCAUUGAUCCUAAAUUGAGGCAACUUGGUAAAUUGUUUCAUUCAAAUAAAAAUAAUAUCGCUAAUCAUUUGUGUUUAUCUUUUUUA